AUGAAGACAUCUGCCAAGCAGUUCUUCAAGAAGCCCUUUAUUCAACUUGCCCUCGGUGACCGGUUGCUCCUCGACUCGAAAAGCGUUCAAGAGCAUCUCAGUAACGGAGCCACGGUGACCGCAGUGGCUACAACCCCUCUGAUGGCUGAGACCAGGUCUUGCUUCGUCAUGUGGUGCCCUCUCGAGCAUUCGCCUUUGGCUACUUCGCUCCGGGCAGGAAAAUGGAUGUCGAGGAAGUCCGGGAUCAGUUGGUCCCAGGUCCGGGAGGUCAUGGCCACAAAGGAAGCCUUUGCGGCUCUUUUGGCAGACGGAUCCGUCGUAACCUGGGGCGCCGAGGAUGCAGGUGGGGACUCCAGCACAGUGCAAGAUCGGCUCAAGCAUGUGCAGCACAUUGCAGCGACACGAGCUACUUUUGCGGCGAUCUUGGCUGACGGAUCUGUUGUGACUUUGGGGUGA